CUCAGUGUCUCUGAACCUCUUCACCACUUAGACUUUACAAACACAGACGUGCCCUGGAGAGGAAAAGGGGGCUUCACUCUCUGGAUAAGAAAUGGAUGUGGAUCGGGGAUUCUAUCGGCAGGUGGAUGUCCAGGACCACGCUCACUACAUUGUCGCCUUCUUUGUCUUGGUGAUUGGGACAGUAGGUGUCACUGGGAAUGCCUUGGUCAUGUACGCCUUUUUCUGCAACAAGAAUCUGAGGACGCCGCCCAACUUCUUCAUCAUGAAUCUGGCCGUCAGUGACUUCCUCAUGGCGAUCACGCAGUCGCCCAUCUUCUUCGUUAACUCACUGUACAAAGGCUGGAUUUUUGGUGAAACAGGGUGUAAAAUGUAUGCCUUCUGUGGAGCUUUAUUUGGAAUCACCUCGAUGAUAACCCUCCUGGCAAUCUCCAUAGACCGCUACAUCGUCAUCACCAAGCCUCUGCAGGCCCUGCGAUGGACCUCAAAGAGACGCACUUGCCUCUUUAUUGCCCUGGUGUGGCUGUAUUCAUUAGCCUGGAGCCUUGCACCACUCCUGGGUUGGAGUUCGUACAUUCCCGAGGGCCUGAUGACAUCAUGCACGUGGGACUAUGUGACAUCGACUCCAGCCAAUAAGAGUUAUACUUUGAUGUUAUGCUGCUUUGUAUUCUUCAUCCCUCUGGGAAUUAUAUCCUACUGUUAUCUGUGCAUGUUCCUGGCCAUCCGCCAUGCAAGCAGAGAUGUGGAGAAGUUGGGGUCUCAGGUGAGGAAGUCAACCCUGAUCCAGCAGCAGUCCAUCAAGACUGAAUGGAAGCUGGCCAAGAUUGCCUUUGUGGUCAUCAUAGUGUUUGUGCUUUCCUGGUCGCCCUAUGCAUGUGUCACCCUCAUCGCCUGGGCUGGAUACGGAAACAUCCUCAAUCCCUACUCCAAAGCUGUCCCUGCUGUUAUAGCCAAAGCAUCAGCCAUCUACAACCCUUUUAUCUACGCCAUCAUCCACGCCAAAUACAGGGACACACUUGCAGAAAAGGUUCCCUGUCUCCACUUCUUAAACCAGGCCUCCAGGCGGGACUGCAUAUCAGUGUCACACAGUGAGUCUUCCUUCAGGGACUCGAUGCUGAGCAGACAGUCCUCGGUGUCCAAAACCAAGUUUCACAGAGUCUCUUCCAUGUCUACGACAGACACACAGGUUUGGAGCGACGUGGAGCUGGACCCUAUGGACAAGAGCCAUUGUUUGAGGUCAAGCUAUUCCCUCGGAGCUCUGAAGGACAAAGAGUACAAAUCAUUGGCUGAACAGGCCAACGAAAAGGGAAGCCAAAGCCAGGAACAGUUCCAGGCUUCAAUCCCACAGUGAGGCCCACUGAACGGAUGCGACCACAGCCUGUCGCCUGAGUCCGUCAACAUGGUGAAGCCCUCCACCUGGGGGAGGAAAAAGGGAGGAGAGCCCUGAGAGCUGGAUUAAAGGGAGGGAACAGGAAGAUGAGCAAGAGAGAGAGAUAACGUGAACAGAGAGAGAGAGAGAGACACACACACACAAGUCCAGAUGGAGGAAGACGAGAAGGAAUUGUGUGUCCUCUUCCAGUCAGACUCUCUGGAUGUAAAUGUACGUACGCUCUCCCAUGCAUCAGACCAGAUUCAGAGAAAGGCCUUCAGCACUGUGGCUGUCACUCUGGACUGUCGAGCUCACCGACUGAAGUCUCUCUCCCCGACACCAGGAAGAUAAAUGUUGAAUAGUUUAUUUAUCUGUGGCUCUGUGUUACUGUAACACAGCAAAGUAAACAAGUUGUUUUUUGUGGAAGAAUGUUAAAGGAUAUAUUUUUAAACAACUGUUUGACAAUGCAAUGCAACCAAAUACGUUUGUUUUAUGUUUUUUGUGUGCAACCAUGACAACAGAACUCAUUAUAGUGUAAUUAUGAUGCAGCAUCACAGUGUUUAUCAUGUUUUGUAAGUUGCUGACUGUCUCAUUACAUAGCACAAGUUGGAC